AACAAGAACUUAUCAGUUGGAUCAACCAACAAGGUUUCGAGAUCCUUUGGUUUGAAAUGCUCAGCCAACUCAGGUGCCACCAUGUCAGCUGUAUACAAGGUCAAGCUCUUAGGACCUGAUGGUCAAGAAGAUGAGUUCGAGGUGCAAGACGACCAAUACAUCUUGGAUGCAGCUGAAGAGGCUGGAGUUGACUUGCCUUACUCUUGCAGAGCCGGUGCUUGUUCCACUUGUGCCGGUCAGAUUGUGACGGGCAAAGUUGACCAGUCUGAUGGUUCGUUUCUCGAGGAUAGCCACAUGGAGAAAGGUUAUGUCUUGACUUGUGUGGCUUACCCACAGUCGGACUGUGUUAUCCAUACCCACAAGGAAACUGAACUCUUCUAAGUUCGGAUCUCU